AUGCUGCUUAAGUAUUUGUACACUGGGAAGUCUGGCGUCGGGAUGGGCGACGCACUGCAAUUGAUGCAACUUGCAACCGAGUAUGAAGUCAGCGGUUUGAGGGACGAGUGCGCUCAGAUUUUGAAGGGCGACUUGACCUUGGAAAAUGUCCUUUCAUUGUUUCAAAGUGGGAUGGAAUACGCGCACGGGGACUUUAUUCAGUCAACGCUCAAAUUCAUUUGCAGGAAUGCGAGAAAACUCUUGAAAUGUGAAGAGUUUACCAAGCUACGACUGGAAUGUUUGGUCGAAAUUAUUCAGCAGGAUUCGCUCAUGGUGAUAAACGAAAUGGAAGUCUUUGAGGCGAUGAACCGCUGGGGCAUAGCUGAAUGUGUGAGACAACGUCUGGAUCCUCAAAAUGCUGAAAAUCUUCGAAAGUGUCUCGCCAAACCGUUGCGUCAUAUCCGAUUUUCUUUAAUGGAUCCGGCCGAGUUUGCUCUGAACGUGACGACCAAGAAACUUCUCAGCAUGGAGGAAUCGAUGGAGCUGUUGAACUGUUUCCUUAUCCCGCCUGCGAGGAGCGUCUGUUAUUACGAUUUGGUUAAUUGUCAUCUCGCCUUCACCAGCGUGGUCAGGGAUAUGGACGCCAUUGUCACCAAAUUCGACACUUUCGAGAGGGGUGACGUCUACUUGCGCAUUUCUAUAAAUCCGUCUUGCAGACUUAACGUCUUGGACGUCUGGGUCAAGGUGACGCUGAUUUUUUCCGGUGACGUAGGACAUCACACUCUUUCACAAACCGUAGCCAAUAAGCAAAAUAUGAAUAUGCAAAGCAUAUUUCCUGCUAACGGACACAACAGGGUGAUUGCAAAUUAUGUCAAUCUGUUCAAUGAUUCGGGUGUGAAGGAAAGUACAACCGGAGUCCUUGUUGAACGAUUUAAAGGCGACGAGCUUGGAGUUAAGUAUGGGUUUAUUGAGAAGCUGGAAUUUGAAGUGGUUUGA